CUGCCCGGCUCCCUGGACUCCCCUGACGUCGGCCCCGGCGUCUGGGAUGGGGAAUGGCGCCGCGUCUUGGCUAAGAGGUGGGCCCAUUCGGAGGCCCAGGUGAUCCUCGAGGGCCGCGCCAUGGUCUUGGCCCACCUCCACAAAACGAGAGCCCUGAGCAACUUCGGGAAGCGCCACCUGUUCUCGGGAGACGCCAUGGCCAGCGUCCUUGUCGUGUCCAAGGGGCGAUCACCCUCGAAGCUGAUGAGGGUUUGUCGGCAGAUAUCCCCCCUGAACCUGGCCUUCGGCAUGACCUCUCGGCGGCGCUGGAUCCCGUCUGAACGUAAUCCUGCUGGCCGCGGCUCAAGAUGCAAGAAGGGGGAUUGGGCCGACGCUUCGUUUCGGCACAGAGAGGUCGACCCGCCGCAGAUCUUUCUGCCAGCGCCUCGCCAUGCUCCGGUAGGCGGGGACGCCCACGGCCAGCGAGACCGCCGCGCCCGCGCGUUCGCCGCGCGGCUCGGGCGGGCCUUCGGCGGCGACGUCAGCCCCGCCAACGAGCUCGUCCUCUGCCCGGCCUGGGCCGGCCCCCUCGACCCGGCGGAGCCUCCGCCGGCGACCAGAGCAGUUCGGCGCCAGAGGGGCCACGGCGAGGCGCCCGCGACCGACGAGCACAGCCCGACCAUGCUCGAGAGGGGCGCAGAGAGGAAGCCCCAGGAGGCCCUGUACAAGCGCAUCGUGAGCAUAUCCUACCAGAGGCGCGUGACGACGGGGAUGGCGCCCAACGACAACUGGCAGCUCGUUUCGGCGGUGACGUCCUACCUGCGCUUCGCGCUCUACAUCCGGUCGUCCGAGCUCCUCCGCCUGCGGGUGAAGAAUGCCGCCCCGUCGCCGCGCGGCGGCCCGCGGGCUCGCGCCCCGUGGACCUUGCUGCUGAACGCGUCGGAGGACAGCGCCCCACCCAAAACAGGCAAAUUCGACGUGUCGCUGGGCCGCGACGACCCAGAGUUCCCGUGGGUGGGCGGCCUCCUGACCGACCUCCGGGCCGGCCGCGGCGGCGCGGAGCCGCUGCUCGACCUAAAGUCCGCGACCUGGCCGCCCCGGUUCGAGGAGAGCAGCCUGCUGCCCGCGCCGCGGCGGCGGGCGACGGAGGCCGCGCAGCUGCGCGCCCACGCAGCCGUCGCCAGCAUCGAAUCCAGAUCGUGCCUGAAACGCAUCGAGAUAGUGGAGGUCGACAUCCGGCGCGGCAAGAAAACAUUCAAACUUGUGAAGGACCAGAAGAGCGGCCUCGUCAAGCACAAAGCCUGCGCGAGGGACGCAAAGGUGAUGUUAUCGCAGUACUUCGAGAGCAGCAUCGACGAUAGCAUCGUCGAAAUUGUAGAGGAGCUGCUCGCGAAGCCAGAGAAGGUGCUGCACGUCUUAAAGGUCGCCAAGGCCGACAUCCCCACCAGCCCGACUCCUCCUGCGAAGGAGGACGAUGCCGACAAGCCUUUGCACCACACCUUAAUCUACCUUCACAGCGUGCCGAAAAAGUUCUUGAGGACCCCUUUCUACUUCGAGACGGGGACCGGCUCUGACGACAAGAUCCCAGUCGGUUGCCAUAACAAGGAGGUGUUCACGGAGACCUUCACGAAGCGGAAGGGCGACCUGAAGGAUCGCCUGAAGGAGGUCGAGUGGUUGGACAAUGGUGGCAUCGAUUGGCAGUCGAGCGGGAUGUACGGGAAGCACCAGGUCGACGGUGGCAGGAUCCAGAAAGUCCACCACAGAGGCACCCAGGCCGUGGCCGUGGUCCCAGAGGAGUACCCGGCCAAGGAGCAGACGUGGUUCUUCAAGGACAAUCAUUCCAUAUUUGCGAAGCUGGCCUCGGCCAGGACGGAAGGCAAGAUCUUGGAUUUCACGUGGGAGGCGCCCAUCACCUUCGAUGACUCACCUGACCGCCACAUGUACUUGAAGAAGAUCGCCGUGGCGAUCAUGAAAGAGAAGGGCCUUGAGGUCCCUGAGGAGGAGCAGAAGGCCGUGGACAAACACGAGGAGGUCCUGGGCGACACCUCUCUGAAACUGAAGCCCUUGCCGAAGGCCCCGAGCAAGGCCCGCGUUCGCAAGGUCUCCGUUCGUCGUUGA